AUGACUAUCCAAACUGUUCGACUUGGCCUUGCCGUUGGCCAUGGCACCGGCCGUGAAUUGGUCGCCGUCUUUGAACGGGUCAUUCAGACACUCGCCAAACAAUAUUCGGUCAAUUUUGAAUUUGUUCGCUCUUCUUCUACCUACCACUCCUAUCACACCCUCACUGUCUCCGGCGAGGACAAAAACUUGAUCACGCACAUUGCAGAUGAAACCACCAAGGAUGCAAUUGACUAUCAGCAUUUCUGUGAGAAUGCUGCUGCCGCUGGCAUUGCGGCAAUCUUCCGCACCGCCAUCCACGCCCAAUCUCUCUACCUGGUUCGGCAACACCUCCAAGCGGCCAAGGUGGAGCACUUUAGCCUCGGAGAGGGCAACGCCCUUCUCAUGGUUCGCGAUGAAGCACAGGGUUUCUACGCUGGCGAUAACGCAUACAGCGCCGACCAGCUGAGCAUCACACGAACCACCAGCUUCAGUAAGCCCGUUUUCGACCGCAUCAUCCGCUUUGCACUCGACAGGGCGGCCGAAAACUGGGGUCCGGACAACGUCCCCAAGAAGGUGACCAUGGCGUACAAGUUCCACCUUUUUGACGGCGUGUUCCAAGCCUGGGAACCCCAAUGGAAAGCCCAAUUUGGCAUCGAGUUCAAUUUUGUUCAGCCUGACACGCUCAAUCGCAGCUUAAUGGCAAAUGGAGUCCAGGGUCGCUGCAUCAUCAUUGCAGGAAACGAAUACGCAGAUGUCAUCCAGCCCGUCUUUCUCAACUGGUUCGGUCAAUCGACACCCGAGACCAUGUACGCUGAGAACGUCUACCUGCGCCCAGACGUGAACGGCCUCAGCGAGUACCAAACUGUCCAUGGGUCCGCCGAUGCCAUCGCUGAUAAGGGCCUUGUCAACCCAUUUGCUACCAUUCGUGCCGCAGCCGCGAUCCUGGAGCGACACGCUGGGGGCAAAGGUAUCCAGAAGCUGACAGAGCAAGCUAUUCAAAACCUCCUCCAGCGCAAACUCACUACCCCCGACCAAGGCGGUUCAUUGAAGACAGAGGAAACAGUCGAUUACUUCCUCCAAGCCAUCACAAAUCCCACACGAUCUAUCGCAUCUACCGCCACCGCCUCAGGUGACCUCCAAGCCUUCCUUGGCCUGAAAUCUGCCCUGGUAGUCAUCGACUUCCAGAACGAUUUCAUAUCCGGAAACCCCAGUCCUGCUAUGGCAGGCGUCGUCAACAACGUCCCUCGCGCGAUCGACUUCGCCCGCGCAAACAACCGCCCCGUCAUUUUUGUUAGAUUACUCGGAAACACCACCUACCAAAGCCCCAGCUGGCAGCACCGGGACGCCGUUCUCCAGAAACCCGAAAAAUGCGUCGAGGGGACGUGGGGUGCGGAGGUUGGCCCUGGGGUGACGAUUCAGCCUGGCGAACGCAUCUUUGAUAAGAAAGCAUUGCUGGAUCCGUUCUUGGUUCCAGAGUUCACGGCAUAUUUGGAAGAACAGGGCUUUGAGCAUCUUGUUCUCGCGGGCUUGUUCUCAGAUGUUUGUAUUGAUUCAACUGCGAGAACCGCGUUCCAGAAGGGGUUGAGGGUUACGGUUCUGGAGGAUUGCACAACCGCUCUUCAUUCGAAGCAGGCUGAUCACUUGCAGUUUAUGACCAAGCUCUACGGAGCCAGAGUGUCGAAGCUGACGGAGCUAGUUGGGAUGGCUGUGUGA